CUGGAUGUGAAGGUGCUCCGGUACAUGAGCAGCGAUGAGUUCCGGGUGCUCACAGCGUGCGAGAUGGGGAUGAAGAAUCACGAGGUUGUGCCGAGCGCACUGAUCGAGUCCAUCUCGGGCCUCAAGCGCGGCGGCGCAUACAAGCUGAUCCGGCUGCUGGCCAAGAACAAACUGGUCGCGCACUCCUCGAAGCCGUACGAUGGCUACCGGCUCACGUCAAAGGGCUACGAUUACCUCGCUCUCAAGACCCUCUGCAAGCGCGGCUCGCUGUCCGCCAUCGGCAUCCAGGUUGGCGUGGGAAAGGAGUCCGACAUCUUCACCGCGGUCACGCCAGAGGGGGAGGAGGUGGCGCUGAAACUGCACAAGCUCGGUCGGACCUUCCGCACGCUCAAAAACAACCGCGACUACACGCGCCCCGGCCAGUCCUUCAACUGGCGCGCGCGCGCGCGCUCUCUCUCGGAGCCCGCCCACCCGCUGUACAUGAGCCGCCUGUCGGCCCUCAAAGAGUACGCCUUCAUGUCUGCUCUCCACGCGAAGGGGCUUCCGGUGCCGACUCCGAUCGACGUGAACCGCCACUGUGUAGUCAUGUCCUUGGCUCACGGCUUCCAGCUCAACUCGGUCCAGCGGCUGCUCCACCCCGCGGCGGUCUUCAGCUCGCUCAUGGAGCUGAUCUGCACGCUCGCUUCGUAUGGCCUUAUCCACUGCGAUUUCAACGAGUUCAACCUCCUGAUCGACGACGAGGAGAAGGUCACCCUCAUUGACUUUCCGCAGAUGAUCUCAACCUCCCACCCGAACGCCGCGUUUUACUUUGACCGCGACGUCGAGUGCGUCCGUGCCUUCUUCCGCCGCCGCUUC